CUCUAUCGCCCAUCGAAUUUGCAUAAAAAAACUUUCAGCAGCGUUUCAAAGCGCGCACGGCGUUUCCGAUUCUAGAGCAGUUUUAGCUAUUCCGCAUUUUAAAUUAUAGGCCCUGUGAACUGAGUCCUCCGCUUUCCGCAGCAGGUGCAUAGUGAAUGCGCAGCGCAGGCCAUUAAUAGCUAGCGCUGAAGAAGCCUCUUGAACUGCGAAUUCAAGUGUUUUGUUUGCUCGCCGCGCCGCUCGUCGGGAUCCGCAUAUAUUAUUUACCGUUGCGAAUACGAAACUGAAAGUGCAAUCCGCAAGCCGCAGAAACUGUAAAUUAUGUAAAAGUAUUGGGCCAACAACAAGUCGCUGGUGCCAGUGUGUGUGUGUCGAGUGAGCUUAUCAGAAAAGUUUAAUGGAGGCUGCGCCGGUAAUUUCUCGGCCUUCUUCAUUUCUACACCCCAAUCUCCUCCAGCAACAACAGCUGCACGCGGCGAACAACAAAAGUAACUGCGAAUAGCCGCUGCCCUUUGUUAAGCGCCGCAUAAAAAAAGCGUCGAAAAAUUAUGUUGACAACGGAAAACCACAUCCAUAAUGAAGAAGACGAAAUAAACAAAUAAAUGCUCAAUAACUAAAUUGCAAUGCAAGCUAGAAUUUAGCGUGAUUUAAUGAUGAUUUAAUGCCAACAACAACGGACUAGACAAACUUUGCCACUUGGCUAAAAGGGAAGCCAGAAAGCCUUCAGACUGGAGGCCUCACUCACCCUGAAGCGCAUCUUUGCCCGCAAAAUUGGCUACAAGGCGAAAUCGAAGUCAAUUUUAGCGGCCAUGCGCACGAAACACCUGAUCCUGCUACUGAUCGGAGUGAUAAUCGCCACGAUCGUGUUUAUCGCAUUCGGACCGGCCGGCGAGCCGAACGAUUCAUUCAAGAACAUCGUCGUACAGACGCACCAGCAGUUCAAAGAGUUUCAGGAGAACCUCCGCGUUGGUUUGGAACGCAAAAAACUUGAAAUAGACCCCAAGUACUUGCUGCUUCUGGGCUUCACCUCGCCAAAGGAUGCCUCACGAGGCGAGCAACAGCAGGAGCAGCAGGGUGGCAUUGGGUCACCAGGUCACCAGCACCUGCCAAAAACAGAUUUCCCAGCGCCCGCGACCAAAGCGGAACAGGAGCUCAGCGAGCUGCGGGGCCUGCGGCGUCCCCAGGAUGCUGUCACGUUCGAUGGCCUGGCGGGAGAUCGCGAGCAGCGGGGACAGCGCAAGCGGAUCACCACGCCGUACAACGGAACAAAGAUCAGCUUCACCGUCGUCACGUAUGUGCUGGAGGGACAGGCUGCCUCGGCCAUUCUACUGGCCCAGAAUAUUGCAGCGAAGCUUCCCAGCGAGUACCUCCUCAUCUACGACUUGGGCGUGUCCGAGGAGCAACUGCGGGACCUGGGCGCCUACUGCAAUAACAGCCGCUGCUCGGUGAUCACCUAUGACCUGUCGGAGUUCCCCUCCUUCGUCGCGGAUCAGCGGACGCACGCCUACCGGCCCAUCGUGAUCAAGGACGGUCUGAUGCGUGCUCGGUCGGUUCUGUUCCUGGAAAACUACAUGCGAGUGCGGGGCAGCUCCAGCCAGCUGCAUAGCUUGCAAGGCGGCGUGAUGAAGCCAGGAGUAAAGACGGCUGGAGUUCGGUCCGUCGGCGUCCUUGGCUGGAACACACCGACGGCUGUGUCCUCGCUGACGCAUCCCAAAAUGUUCGACUACUUCGAGUCGAAAGCUGAGGACUUCAACUUCCUUCGGAUGGUCGACCUGGAUGCGGUAUUCUUCUCGGACAGUCCCCUGGUUACCGAGAAGAUAAUGCUGCCCUGGCUUAAGUGUUGUCUCACCCUCGAAUGCAUCGAUCCAAUCGGUGCCCAAUCGAAUGGUUGCAAGUUCAACAAGAAGCCUCUUUACCGAUACUCCGGCUGUCACGGCUACGAUGCGUCCGCAUUCAACAUUGUACUGGGUCUCAACUCGCAAAUGGACAAUUCCGAGUACUCGCUGCCCAGCGACAGUCCUCGCAACAUUUUCUACAAGGAGACGCUAGAGCAGGCGACCCGGAUUCUGGAGAGCCGGCGGCGCAACAGCAGCGAGACAUCCGACCAUCCGUUUACGGACGACUGAGAGGGAAAAUUCUGAAAUAAGAACUGAACGUGGGCGUGGCCAAAGCAUUUGAUACAACAUUUUCUACCGACACACACACACACACACGCAGACACACUCAGGAGCCGGCGGAACAAACCAAGAUUAGUAGCAAUUUCGGCAUAAAUAAGAGUCCUUAAUAUGAGUUAGAUGACGCUCAGGCGAUUCCCCAUUAAGCAGAGAUCGACAGACGAUUUGGUGUCCAAGACAAGAUCAGAAGGAACAGAACAGAACAGACCAGAGCACAGUAGUUUAGCGUAGCGUUAGGAUGUGCAGUUUAUCAAUACUUAUAACAAUUUAGUCAAGCCCUAGUUACUUAUUGAACGAAAUCUACAUGAAUAUCUGUGUGAAUGUUUCCGUGUGUUUGCUGCGAGCAUCGAUAAUUAUAAAACCCCCGUUUAGUUACUGCCCCAACUGUAAAUACAUAAGAACAUCAAAUGGCAUACAUUUUGUGAUUGUAUUUUAUAGUUACUCACGCAUAGACAAACAUAUACAGUAUAUAAAUAUAAAUGUAAUGUAACUAUCCUAGAAAAAGACGAGCCAAAAAACUAAGUUAAUAAAAUUCUGAAUUACCAAUACC